AUGGAGCAGAGACUGCCGAGAGUGCCAAACUUGGCCUGGGUGGAGGAGGAGGAAGAAGGCCCUGGAGCUGCCCCAGCAGUGGAGGCCGAGGAGGUGGUGCCAUUCCAUCCACUGCAGGAGGAUGCAGCUCUGGAGCGCACACAAGAGCAGGAAUCCAGCCGUGGCCGCUUCCACAGCACAGCACAGGCUGAAAAAAUGCGGGGCCUGACUGAAAGGCUGGUGGAGCUCCUGCAGGAAAAUGAAAGCAAUGUGAUCAGGAUGACCAUUCUUCUACUGAGAUAUUUGCUGCUGGAUAAUGGUGCCCCAAUACCCACCCCCAUUGCCCUGCAGCUGGCUGAAGCGCUCCUGCCACUUUUUGACCAUGAUGAUAGCCAGGUGCAGCUGAGCUCCAUGUGUGUCUUCCAAGAGAUGCUGGAGUUAGUAACAGAAGAUGGAAGAAAGGCCUUGAAGUGCCACGUGCGCCAGAGCCUGGUCCCACUCUCCUUCCACUGCCACGAUGGGAAUAAGAUUGUUGCUGAGCUGGCACAGGACAGGAGCCGAGCGGCCGAGCAGCUGCGCCAGGCCCUGCGCUACCUGCGGAGCCCACAGGAGUCCCUGCGAGCAGCGGCCAUCAGGUUCAUGGGCAUGGCCGGGCGGCACCUGAGGGGGCAGCAGCAAGAGCUGCAGCUGAUCUGCACUGCCCUGGAAGAAAUGGCAUGUGACAGCAGUCCUGCCAUCAGAAAUCUGUCAGCUGAAGCUGGGUUCGUUCUGCGGGCUGUACAGAGGGCUCCCUACUCCACGUGGCGUAAGCUGCAAGAUGAGUUCCGCAGCGCAUGGAAGAAACGGCCUCGCCUGUGCCACAGAGCCUUGCUGUUCUGCUGGAACUCUGUGUAA